CUGAACAGAGGUACUUCCCCUCACCGCCGAAAGAAGCGUCGCGAGCCGCUCUCACCAGUUUCAACAAAAUGGCUGCAAAGGCACCAUCGCCUUCGAAAAUCCACUGACUGUUCAACAGUUCAUGCCACGAGACAAAGCAGAGAGCACAAGCAGAGAACCAUUUGAUGGAAGAAAAGAAAAAGAAAAAGCAAGAAGAAAAGAAAAAGGACGCCGCUCAGAAAAAGGCCACUGAACAGAAAACCAAAGUGCCAGACUCUGCCAAGCCCAGCCCCACCCCUCCUCCUCCCCCCGCCAACCCCAUUGCAGCCCCGUCCGUGCCCUCCACCAGCAGUGGCAAUGGCAAGCGCCCCCCCGGUGGUGCCCAGCCGACACAGCAGCAGACCCCGAGCCAGCCCCCACAGCGCUACCCGGCCAGAGAGGUGCCUCCGCGCUUCCGCCAGCAAGAGCACAAGCAACUGUUGAAGAGGGGCCAGCCCCUGCCCCCCGGCACCCUGCCCCCUGCCCCAGGGCGCCCUGAGGCCACCGCCACCCACUCGCCACCGAACCACUCUGCAGCCAGCCUGCCAACAGAACCGCCCCCACAGAGUGGCUUGGGAGCCCAGUAUGAGAACCCCCACUGGGGACAGCCACCAACCAAUCGGAGUAUCCCUAGCAGCACAGCUUCCACCAAUCACAGCAGCUGGGAUCAACUAAUCAUCGCCGAAAACGACACAGAGGCGUGGCCCUCUAUCUGCCGCAGCGAGAGCCAGAGCCGCCACACCCUUCCAGGAGGAUGCGGGGUGGACACUGACGCAGGUGGACCGGCCAGCAGUAGCAGCAGUAGUUUGAGUAUGGCCACGGGGGCUAACGGCCAGACUGGCCACUUCCCUGCCAACCACCCCAGCAGCAAAGCCAGCUCUGCGCCUGGCCUAGCCAAUCACACCGGGGCCGCCGUGGUAUCCAGCCAGGCCGCAGCCAAUCGUGGCUGGGGAUCCGGGCCCGUGCCCUCCCACUGCUCUCCUCAGUCCUCAGUGGGGGGCGGGGACGGCAAGAGCGACGGGCCAAUGGGAGGAGGCCCGGGCUGGGGCUCCGGCUCCUCGUCUGCCAGCAAUUUUAACUUGAACCUGAACCCGAACGCCAACCCCUCGGCCUGGCCUGUGCUGGGGCAUGAUGGGGGCGGCGCUGGGGGAGGCAGCUCGGGGGGAGCCAACUCCCCUCCUCAACCCCCACCCAGUCUCUGUAACCCGCCCGGCGCCCCAUCCGCCCAGGGAAACACCAACGGCAAUGCUGGAGCCGUGGGCGGCGCCAACAGCAACCUGACGGGAAGCGGCAGCGCCUGGGGCGGCAUUAUGCCCUCCGACCCCAUGGAGCUUCUCUCCUCCCCUUCCACGAAUGUGUCUUUCAGCACCGAACCUCCGAAUCUUAACACUGACGGACCAAAUCACACUAGCAAGCAAGAGCCGCCCAGCCCCAUCCACAGUCUGUCCAGCUGGGGGGGGGGCCACAUGGGCAUGCCCCCGCCCGGAGCUCCCCAGGUCAACGGAGAAGAGGGCAGCUCUGUGUGGGGCAGCAACGAAGACCCCAAGCCUGCCUCUGCCAAGGAGGCCUUGGGCUGGGACUCUGGGUCCGGAUGGGGCAGCGGAGGAGGCAGCGGAGGAGGCUGGGGGACCCAGGCCAGUGGAGAGUGGGGCAAGCGGCCAUCAGGGGAGGCCCCUGGCUGGGAGGCCCCAGGCUCCCCUCCCCAGGACCAGCAGGCGAGCUCCUGGAACCGAGCACCGAGCAACGCUGGUGCCAGUGAGGGCAGCAGCAGUGAUGGUGCCGAUGGGCACUCACGCCAUCGCGACCGCCCCACCAGGGAUGAGCCAGCCCCGCUGCUGCCCACCCCUGACCUGGACCCCCGGGUGCUGUGCAACACAGGCUGGGGCCAGACCCCUGUCCGCCAGCACACCACCUGGGACAUGGAGGAGGCCGCUCGCCUCAAAAGCAAGAAUGACUCGGGGGCCGACUCUUGGGGUUCGGGCCCCAACACCCCCACAGACACCCAAGGGCCUCCCAACCUCGGGCCCCCUCCCAGGGCUGAACGGGGUGGCAAGAGUGAGGGGCCUGGUCCUCAGGGUGCCCAAGGGUGGGGCGGCAGUAUGCCUACCACCAACCCAGCCAACUCUGGCUGGGGAGAGCCCGCCAGCAUCAAGAAGCCCUCCAACAAUGGCCCAGGGGGCUGGGGUAACCCUCCACUAGGGGGCCAUGGUACCAACAUCCCCAAAAGUGGAGUCCAGUCCUGGGGAGAGGAGAAGUCCCCCAGCAGGGACGAACCUCACAGCAAGGCCAGUAAGCCCCAGGGAUGGGGAGACCAGGCCAAGCCAUCCCAAGGAUGGGGCAAUGGUCCUGGAGGUGGUGGUAAUAACAAUGGAGGAGACUGGGGAGAACCUGGAGAUGGGAAGAAGAACACCCCCUCAAACCCACCCUGGGAGGGAGAGGCAGGAGGCUGGAAGGAAAGCUCCCGAGGCUGGGGUAAGCCUGGCCCAGGAGUGGCUGGGGGCUGGGGAGACACAGGGGCCCCGCGCCCCAGUGGCCCUGCCCAAGGAUGGGGGGGCAAGCCCCAGGAGGGGCCCAAUGGCAAUAGUGGAGGAGGGGGGAGCAUGGGCUCAUGGGGGGGCACUGGCUCAGUGAAGCAGGGCGGAGCCUCCAGUUGGGGGGGCGGCGGCGGCGGCAAGCCGGACCCUUCAGGAGGAGGAGAGCCCACCGGCUGGGAGGAGCCUUCCCCACCUUCUAUCCGACGCAAGAUGGAAAUCGACGACGGUACCUCAGCCUGGGGCGACCCUACCGCCUACAACAAGGCAGUCAACCUGUGGGACAAGAACAACCCUGGGACAGCCAAGGGCAAAGCACCCCCUGGUGGAGGAGGAAGCAGCAAGCCCCCAGGGCCUGUCAACAACAUCAACAACCACCCUCACGCUCACCCCUACCACGGUCCACCACCACCCCUGCAGAGCCACGGCCACAACCCUCAGAACCCCGGAAGCAACAGCGGCCCCAUGGACACAGCAGGACCUCACCUGGCUGGACCUCACCUGGCUGGACCUCCACACAGCAGACCUCCCCUCAUGGCUCCAGGCUGGGGAGAGCCACCCGCCUCCCACUCCAAAGCCGAGCCCUCCUGGGGGGAGCCUGCGGGACCCCCGGUCAGCCUGGACAACGGGACGUCAGCCUGGGGCAAGCCCACCGGCAGUCACGGGGGCUGGGGGGACAACGGCCCCGACACCUAUGGCAGGGGCAACCCUCCCCUCGGACCUGCACCCUGCAAACCAGCCCCCAAAUCUAUGCAAGACGGCUGGGGUGGCGGAGGGGAAGAGAUGGGUAUGUCAGGGGGCCAGUGGGACACUGACGACGGGGACAUGUGGAACAGCACCGCCUCCCAGGAGAACAACUCCUGGGGCAACGGACCCAAAAAGGGCCCUCCCAAGGGGAAGGUCCCGAGCAAGCAGGAGGACGCCUGGAUCAUGAGCCGCCUGACCAAGCAGCUGACUGACAUGGGCUUCCCUAGAGAUCCAGCGGAGGAGGCUCUGAAGAGCAACAACAUGAACCUGGACCAGGCCAUGAGCGCCCUGCUGGAGAAGAAGACCGAGCUGGACAAGCGCGGGGGGAUGGGAGGCAUGUCCGACUACAACAACGGCCUCAUCAACAAGCCCAUGGCCUGCCGCCCCCCCCUCCCCUCUUCAGACCGCAGCCCCUUCCUGGACAAGGUAGUUGCCAGCCCCUAAUACACGCACACACACACACAUUCACACACACGCACAAGCCUACCCUCAAACGUUAAACUCACCACAAAAGGCAGAUAAACUGAGACACAGAAAUGGCUGUCGAGACUUUGACGUGUCUUGCGUUGCGGCUGCCCCCAGAUGCAGAGUGGAAUGUUUGGCAGUAGUGGAGCAGCACAAGCCCGGGCCAUGCAGCAGCAGCAGCAGCUGCCGCCUGCUCCCCAGCCAUCAGUGCCACCUCUCAGCUCCUCCCAGCCUAGUCUACGCGCUCAAGUGCCUCAGUUUAUCUCCCCUCAGGUUCAAGCACAGCUCUUACAGUUUGCCGCAAAAAACAUUGGUCUGAAUCCUGCACUUUUGACCUCACCAAUAAACCCUCAACACAUGACUCUUCUGAACCAACUCUACCAGCUGCAACUGGCUUACCAGCGUUUACAAAUUCAGCAGCAGAUGUUGCAGGCCCAGCGCAAUGUUUCCGGCCCCAUCCGACAACAAGAGCAGCAAGUUGCACGUACAAUCAAUAACAUGCAGCAGCAGAUCCAACAGCACCAACGCCAGCUGGCCCAGGCCCUGCUGAUGAAACAGCAGCAGCAGCCCCCCUCCCACUCCGGCCUGCACGCCGGCCACAGCGCCGGCAAAUCGGCCCUGGACUCCUUCCCGGGACACCCCCAGGCUCCGGGCCUACCCGACCUGCAGACCAAAGAGCCGCAGUCUUCUCCCAACUCUUACAGCCCUUACCCUCUCUCUGGACUGAAUCCUAACAUGAAUGUAAACUGCAUGGAGGUGGGGGGUCUGUCCAUGAAAGAGCCCCCCCAGCCCCAGUCCCGCCUAUCCCAGUGGACACACCCCAACUCCAUGGAGAGUCUCUCGGGAAGCUCCUCCCCCCUGGAGUCCAACCUGGGGAAGCACGGUGCCAAUCUUUGCCCCCCAGGCAAGCCCCCCCUGGAUGACUCAUACAGCCCCUACAAUAUGAUGCCCGGCUCGGACUCCCCCACCAGCCCCCUGGUGCCCCCGGACAGCUGGGGCCAGGGCAAGACCUCCAACGACAAGAUGGCCAACGGCACCAACAUCACCUGGCCUCCAGAGUUCUGUCCCGGAGUGCCCUGGAAGGGCCUGCAGAACAUCGACCCGGAGAACGACCCCAACAUGACCCCGGGCAGCGUCCCCAGCGGGCCCACCAUCAACACCAACAUCCAGGACGUCAACCGCUACCUGCUCCGGGACCGCAGUGGAGGCUCCUCCCCCACCUCAUCUCAGAACGAGGCUUUGCCUCCAGCCCCUGAUUGGCCCGUCAGUGCCUACUCUAGCUCAUUCUCUCUGUCGUCCCCGGAGACGGACGACCCAGGUAAACUGUCAGACAUGAAGUCCACCUGGUCCCCAGGCCCCAUCUCCCACACCCAGGCCUCCCUGUCCCACGAGCUGUGGAAGGUGCCCCAGGGGCCCCGCAACACCACGGCCCCCUCCAGGCCCCCGCCGGGCCUCACCAACACCAAGCCCCCCUCCUCCACCUGGGGGGGCAACUCCCUGGGCCUGGCCCAGGGCUGGAGCAGCUCCUACACCUCAGCAGGUACCACAUGGAGUACAGACAGCUCCACCAGGACCAGUAGCUGGCUGGUUCUUAGAAACCUCACUCCACAGAUUGACGGCUCCACCUUGCGGACGCUGUGCAUGCAGCAUGGCCCCCUCAUCACAUUCCACCUCAACCUGACCCAGGGCAACGCCUUGGUGCGCUACAGCUCCAAGGACGAGGCCGCCAAAGCCCAGAAGUCCCUGCACAUGUGUGUGCUGGGGAACACCACCAUCCUGGCUGAAUUUGCUGGGGAGGAGGAAGUGAAUCGCUUCUUUGCACAGGGCCAGUCUCUCGGGGCGACCACCAGCUGGCAGGCAAACCCAGGCACCAAUCAGACGCGGAUGGGCGGGAACGGGCACGGAGCCCAACACCCCAUUGGCCACUGGAACAGCGGCGGCGGCGGCUGCCUCGGAGGAGGCGGCCCCAAGACGGGUGGAGAGCUUCUAUGGGGCGGCGUGCCGCAGUACUCCAGCCUAUGGGGGCCUCCCAGCGGGGAGGAGGGGCGGGUCAUGGGGAGCCCCACCCCCAUCAACACGCUGCUGCCUGGGGAUCUUCUGAGCGGGGAGUCCAUGUAGAGACAUGGAGCCCAGGCCAAACACACACACAGGAGCAAAGACUUUGCAAAUCAUUGUGGUGAUAAUCAGUGUGGGUGGACUAGUGAAGGAGAGGCUGAGGUCAAACUCAGUGUCUACGCUGCUGACCCUCCUCCACUCCUCCUGAAAAACGUCAUUUGUCGUUUUGUUGUAUCUUCUUUUUUUAAUUAGAUUUUUUGUCCUUCGGCGGCAAGAGACUUGGUUACAGUGCUCAACUUUACUUUCGGAGAAGCAGGAGGAGGUCUUUGACUCAACAAAGGAAAGAUAACUUUUUUCUUACAUACUUCAAAAUAAAUUAAAAAAAGAUUAAAAAAUGUAAAAAGAUUUCACGUCAGACGUGUAUCUUAGUCGAAUUGACACACAAACGAGCUGCCAUCCUCAAAACUCUCACUCCUCUCACUAUCUGCCUCCACCCCCGGAGGCAGUCACCGGACACCUCAGAGGAAAGGCAUCAUUCCCAAAGCAAGCCCGUCGGAGGGUUCUAGAACGUCCUUGCGGUCAGGACUUCAUGUUUGUGUUCUCAGCACUAAUACUAGCCUUAACCUCCAGUCACUCCGUACAUACUGAAGAAAAUGUACUGAGAAACUGCACACUCAUUUCUGAGCCAGCGAAUCAGAGGAGGGGGGGGUGUGGACAUGGCUGGGCGGGGGCGGUACCGCUGGCAGCUCAAGCCCCCUGUCGCUAAGCAUGCCCCACCCCCACACCUGCAACUCUUAAAGGGAUUGAUGCAACUCUGUUCUGCCUUGUUCAUUCAAGCCAUUUUGUCAUGCGUUGUAUUUUUGUCAUUGCAAAGUUACGCUGAGAGAACCUUGUUUCUCAAAUGUGUCAAUCUUUUCUGUGGGGGAGGGUGCGUAGGAAAGUUUUAACUAACCACUGCUUUUAUUAAACUGAAACACUUUCUUUUUUUUGGGAUGAACCUCAACGUGUUCUUCAAGGACGACCGGAAGCCCAGCUAAUUUCUCUGACUGUGGAUGACCUCAGUCAUAUGUGGUCCACUGGUGUCUGACAGGAAACCCACACCAUUUCAAGUGACGUGCAAUAUAGGCCACAGACCCCUACCUACCGUCCAUGUAACCAAGGCCGGUAAAACUACAGGUUCCUAUCGCUCUCUCUGCCCAUCCUAUCCUUUCAGAGAGAAGCGACGGCGUGGAACGACAUACUUCAAGAACUGGAUAUCUGGUCACACUCCUGGACCCCUAUGACCCCUCCACCCUCUGAGAGUGUGUGUGUGAGAGAUCUGUGGAGCUGUAGCUGAACUAUAACGCUCUUCAGUCUGGUACACAAGGAGGCCCACCAAGCACUUCCGACACUUCCUGUCCCCACACACUUGUGCAUGUACCCACCCACACACGCCAGUGGCAAGGGGAGGGGCAUACCAAAAUAUGAGGUGUUCCUUACUACAGAGAAGACUGAGGCGUUUUCUUUUUUGUUUUCUUUUCAUUCGUUUUAUUUGGUACAAAAACGUAUGGAACAUAGAUUUGCCUGGUUUCUAAUGAGGUGGUUUAUCAAAGCACUUAGCAGGAGCCUCCCCAGCUUCUCCUUCAAUGCCAACCAAUCAGAAGAGUGGAGAAGCGACUGAAAACAAAGACAAAAGCAAUCUAACAUGGCUUCUCCGUGCUCUGUGUGAAGUGUAAAUUUGGAUGUGAAAACGAUAAUCCCUUUUUUUAUAUAUAUAUAUAUAUAUCCUUCCCUCAGAAUGUGGGACCUGGUAGGAUACAAAAUGGUAGCAAAGUGAAGGGAAAAAGACAAUGUCAGAACAGACUUUACCUGAGUGGAGGAUUUUGGAGCAAGAACUCCUCUUAUCUCUUUGUCCUCUCAACUAUAUCAUAGUAAAUAUCACUGUUACAUUACUCUGAAAUACGUUAGCCUUGGUAUCUGGAGAUUAGGCUUGAAGCCUUCACGAUCACCAGGGAGAAUUGCCAUUUCUCUCUCUUACUCUCUCUUUUCUCUCUCGGAGGCCCUGCCAACCCGUAUGAGUGUGGCCAUUGAGUGCCUGCCUGCUGCCGAGCUCCCGGAGCCCCCCAGCCAGGGCUCUGCAGCAGCUCUCACCCCCACCCUCUACCUCCCUGGGGAGAAGCUCAGACUGGCUCCCCCCCUGCCCUGUGCCCUUCCUGGGCCUCCUGGCCAAGAGCAGCUCCAUCACAACUGGUCCACUCCUGUUACUAACUUCUACUAUUACUACUACUGCUACUGCGCCAGCCUCUGUCAUCAGCAACCUCCACUCCACACUCUCCCCCUUUUCUAUCUCCCAUGCAAGGAUCACUUUACCCAGAGGGAGGUUUGAUUUGGUUGUUCUUGUUUUUUUGUUUUGAUUUUUUUUUCCUUUCCUUAGGGUCAACCUCGCUGUUAUCGUUGAUGAUGUGUUCAUGUUUUAUAGUGACAAUGAUGAUAAGGAUGUAUGGCUGUUGAUGGCGUUGUUUAAAUGCAGUGUUUAUCUGCCCUCCUGCCCCUCUCUCUUCCUGGCCUCUCCCAGGUGGAGGCUCACCUCAGCAACUUCUACGGAGAACCUCUCGCUAAUGGUGAGGGCUCCGCGUUCAGUGCGGUCGAGGCCGUUGUACUUAAGACCCAGGAGGAGGUUGGAGAUAUGCAGGUUAACCAUCAGUUGAGGGAAGGCUCCUGCUAUUGCCCCUGCUAUUGCCCCUGCUGCCUCCUCCUCUCUCAGCCUGCUCUCUACCCUUCGGUGGGGUAUCCCCCCUUCCCCUGUCUCUCGUACCGUGGGCUCUCCACAUCACCACUUUUUUCUGUACCAACUACACACACCGACGCAGCCUGCCGUUUCUAUGCAAAGUCAAGGAGGUGUGUCUUCAGAGCCAUCUACUAUCAACUACACACACUCACACAUUAUGCUGACUGUCUACCCCCCUACCUACCUACCUACCUACCUAGCCAGCCAUCCAGGCCUCUGGCGAUUAACCAAGCAGAGACUGAUGGUCUCUGAUGUCCUUUAAACCGGUGGGUGAAGAGCGUCAGCAGUCGCCUUCCUGUGAGCUUAGGGUGUGUGUGUGUGCGUUCUGUCUCCUUGGUGUUCAGAACGGCGCUAGCAGCCUGAGGAGCUUCGAGGUAACACUACAGACUUAAGGUGUAAGUGAGCAAGCACUGUGCCACAACAAACACCACAACAAAAAAGUAUCCUCUUCAGAAGAAUUGUUCAGAUCAUUUCAGCUGUGCCCCCUCAAAGCAGAGCUGGUGCCCUGCACUCAAACAGCCCCCCCUCAAACACACGCACUUAACUGGGGCUCUGUGGGCUGCCAUCGGGGGUCGCUGGAUCCACCGUGUUGAUUUCCUUUCUGAGCUCCAAUCUGAAAGGGGCACCACGGACCAGAACAUUUCCACAGAACCAGAUCAGGGUUCAGGUGGGCCCAUCGCAUCAGCAGGGCCGGCGACACCAUCUCAGUCUGGUACGCAAGUCUUAAAAGGGGGAAGGUCCUCUUCCAGAGUCAUUUUGGACUCACUUGACAUUAGCAACAAUCACUAAUUGCCUGUUUCUGAAAACCUGCAUUUUUUACUCCACACUGGUUGUCCACGGGAUACGGGGGCAGGUGGGUGGAGAGGUGGGGCUGGGGUGGGUGAACUCUCAGAGGCGCCCCAGGAUUCGCGCAGCACCAGCACUGAGAGGCCACCCCACCCCCACUGCUUGUGUCUAGUAUUGUAAAUCAUAGGCUCUCCCUUUUUAAAGUGCAUGGGCUCAAAUGCUACUGGAGUUCUAGCAAAGUAUGCUUCUCAAUCAUGGAACAACAGAGGGAGGCUCAGGGGCAGGUAUCCCUAAAGAGUCGAGACAAAAUCAUCUUUCUUAAGGGCCUGGGUUGAAUAUGCACAUGCUAGUUCAUAUACAGGUAUAUACUCUAAAAUACAUAAUGUGUGUUUAUAUGUGUAUAUGGCUAGGUUUCUCUCUUUCCACUUAUCCUAAGCCCAAUCUCUCCCUGCCCCUAGUUUCAGCCUUCCUCUGUGCAUCCUUCUCUGCGUAUUUCCCAGAAGAUUGAAGAUCAUAAACAUAUCAGAGUAAUACAAAAAUAAAAAAACACGAAUACUUGAAUCAAAGGAAGCGCCAAUAAUGUAAUGUGAACACUUUUUUUAAUGGUUUUGUCUCAUUCAUACACUUCAGAGAUUUUUGAUAACAUCUGUUCAAAGUCAACUAAAUUUGAGAUAUGAGCAUUGUUGAAAACAGAUUGGUGUGUUAAAAAGAAAAAGAAAAACAAGAAAAAUGGCAUCUGUUGUAUUUUGAGUGUUUGCACAAGGUUGCGUGUAUUGUGUUGUGUGGAUGGAUGAAUGUCUGUUUGAGAAGAGUUUCAAUGCGAGGUUAAAACGGUUGUGAGCUUGUGAUUUACUGCGGAAUAGAGAUUCUGCUGUAUUUCUCAUUUGACUUCAAUUCAGUAUAUUAGUUUUCUGUUGAUGUCCUUUUUUUUAAUGCUUGUCAAAAGUAUAUUCUGAUGUUUCUUGUUGUUAGUCUCUAGCGUUGCACUGAGUGUCAGCCUCCCCCCUCAUCCAGCUGAUGGAACUAGGUGAGACAAGAGUACUGAGGGGUGAUGGGGACAGUUCAUGUGUACAUGUUUACUCAAGGACUAAAAAUAACAGUGUGUUUUAAUCUGUAAUAUGUUUAUCUACCUUAUAGUGGCUUUCAUUGUGGAAUAAUCCAAGAAAAACAAUGGAUUAUGAUUGAGUAUUGCACCAUUUUCAGAUUAUAAACAGAAAAUGUAUACAAAAGCAACAAAAAAAAACUAAAAGUAAAUAAAAAAAGC